CUGUGGAGACGGAGGUGUUCGGUCUUCUCUGAUUUGGCAAUUUUAGGCGAACGCGGGAUGGCGCCUCAAAGCGUGGAAGAGGAAUGCGUCAGUGGGGCUAACCUAAUCGCGGAGGCCCUAAAGAUGCAAAAUGUUGAGUACAUCUUUGGUAUUGUUGGUGUUCCCAUAACUGAAAUAGCAGUUGCUGCUCAAGCAAGUGGAAUUAAGUAUGUUGGAAUGCGCAAUGAACAAGCUGCUUCCUAUGCUGCCUCUGCUGUUGGGUACCUGACAGGCAGGCCUGGUGUAUGCCUUGUCGUCUCUGGCCCGGGUCUUGUACAUGCUCUAGCUGGAAUGGCAAAUGCAAACAUGAAUUGCUGGCCUUUGAUUGUCAUUGGAGGUUCCUCUGAUAGAAAUCAGGAAACCAUGGGAGCUUUCCAAGAAUUUCCACAGGCUGUCAGAAAUAGUAUCUAUGGUCGUCCAGGUGCCUGUUAUGUUGACAUACCCGGAGAUUUUGUGAAUCUGCAGGUGAAUAAGAGCACUGUCAGGUACGUGGAAUGCUGCCCAGCACCUCCCAUCAGCAUGGCUGAAGAGUCGGCUGUUUCAAAGGCAGCUUCAUUUAUUGCACAUUCCAGAAAACCACUCCUCAUUAUCGGGAAAGGUGCUGCUUAUGCACGUGCUGAAGACAGCAUCCGAAAGUUGGUGGACCAGUGUGGGCUUCCCUUUUUGCCUACUCCAAUGGGGAAGGGAGUUGUUCCUGACAACCAUCCAUGUUGCGUAGCCGCUGCCAGAUCUAGGGCCUUGCAGUCUGCUGAUGUAAUAAUAUUGCUUGGUGCCCGGCUGAACUGGAUUCUACAUUUUGGGCUUCCACCAAGAUUUCGGCCAGAUGUAAAAAUUAUCCAGGUAGACAUUUGUGCAGAAGAACUGGGAAAUAAUGUGAGACCUGUAGCAGCCUUAUUGGGUGACAUAAAAGCAGUGACUGGGCAGCUUUUAGAACACCUGAACAGAAAGCUUUGGAAAUACCCUUCUGGUACAGAGUGGUGGUCAGAACUGCAGGCAAAAAUGAAAAGCAAUGAGGAGACUUCCAAGGCACUCUCCCUGCGAAAGCAACGUCUUAUGAAUUACUAUACAGUAUUCCACCACAUCAGGGAACUUUUGCCAAAGGACUGCAUUCUGGUCAGUGAGGGAGCAAACACAAUGGACAUCGGGCGCACAAUGCUUCCAAACUAUCAUCCUCGCCACAGGCUUGAUGCUGGCACCUUCGGGACUAUGGGAGUUGGGCUGGGUUUUGCAAUAGCAGCUGCCAUGGUUACUAAAGACCACAGUCCAGAGAGGCGAGUGGUCUGCAUAGAAGGAGACAGUGCCUUUGGAUUCUCCGGCAUGGAGGUGGAGACUAUAUGCAGGUAUAACUUGCCAAUCAUCAUGAUCAUAGUCAACAACAAUGGAAUAUAUAGUGGCUUAGAUUCAGGUACCUGGAAGGAGAUACUGGAGCUUGGAGAACCUGCUACACGUGCCCCUCCAGUAUGUCUGCUGCCAAAUGCUCACUAUGAGCAGAUAGCAGCUGCCUUUGGUGGGAAAGGGUACUUUGUCCAAACUCCGGAGGAACUGCAAGCGGCCUUGAAAAGAAGCCUGGUGGAAAAAUGUACCCCUUCCCUCAUCAACAUAAUGAUCGACCCACAGUCAGACAGGAAGGAGCAAGAUUUUCACUGGCUGACACGAUCCAACCUGUAGUGGAAGAUGCAAGAUCUGGACGUCCUAGGCAAAAUUGUCUGUGUAAACUAAGCAGAGUGGACUUUUGGACUAGAAACCACACUACAGCUGCAGUCUGUAGUUCUUUAUAUGGACUGCAAGAUCCUUAUGUAUUUGCCAGUCUUCAGUGACUAUUGGUGAUGUGGCUGUGAAUUUUAUUGCUCUCAGGGGUGAGCAGAUGAGGGGUAAACUGUACCCGGCUCCCUCAUUGCUACCGUUACCCAUUCAUGCAGCCACAGCAUCAUCCAUGGAGUCUUCUAGUGUAGCCAGUUUGGUGUAGUGGUUAAGUGUACAGACUCUAAUCUGGGAGAACCGGGUUUGAU